AAAACCUUCUCAUCUCUCUCUCUCUCUCUAUUAAGCAAACACUCACUUUCUCUCUCCACCAAACACUUUUAGGAUAGCACUCUCUCUCUUACAGAGGACACAGGAGCGCAAAAUUUUCCACCCAUGGCUUCUGUUUCUCUCUCCAAACCUUCAGUUCUUCCCCCUCCUUCCAACCCCAAAAGCCCAUCAUCUUUACAAACCCCUUUCCUCUCUCUAAAAUCCCCAAACUCCCCACUGUUUGGUUUUAAAUUGUCCACCCACCAACAUUUUCCCUCUUCGCCAUUGCCCAGGACCACCAUUUUUGCCAAGGUAUCAAAAGGUGGGGUUGCCCCUUCUUUUACACUCAAGGAUCAGGAUGGAAGAAAUGUGAGCCUCUCAAAAUUCAAAGGGAAACCAGUUGUGGUUUACUUUUACCCUGCUGAUGAGACCCCCGGGUGCACCAAAGAGGCAUGUGCAUUUAGAGAUUCUUAUGAGAAGUUCAAGAAGGCAGGUGCUGAAGUUGUUGGCAUUAGUGGAGAUGAUCCCUCUUCCCACAAGGCAUUUGCAAAGAAAUACAGGUUGCCAUUCACCUUGUUGAGUGAUGAGGGAGACAAGGUGAGAAAGGAGUGGGGGGUGCCUUCUGAUCUAUUUGGGGCACUCCCUGGCAGGCAGACUUAUGUUCUUGACAGGGAUGGCGUCAUUCAACUCGUCUACAAUAACCAAUUCCAACCUGAAAAGCAUGUCGACGAGACCCUCAAGCUCCUACAAUCGCUCUAAUUUUCUCUCUCUCUCUGUCUAUCUGUCUAUCUCUCUCUCUCUCUGAUACUCAUUAUUUGAUACUCAUUAGUUGUUAAAUGAUGUUUUGUUUGCCCGCCAUAUUAUGGAGAAGCAUAUAAGCUAAGCAUGGAAUCUCUCUCACAAUCGUAUGUAGAUUUGUUAUCAGUGAAUUGAUUUUUUUUGUUUCUCUUUCGUA